AUGGCUUCCUCGAGACUAGUGGUAGCAAUGCCUCCCCCUCGCGCUGCGGCGAUGUGGAUCGCCGUCGUAUUGGUGGUGUCGCUCGCCCUCGUCCCCGCAGCAGCUGCGCUGCGUUACGGGCAAGCAGAGCCCCCUCCCAAGCUGGACUAUGCGUCGUGUGCGGCGGAGGUGGAGGAGUGGGUGGAUGUCCAGAUGGCUGAGACAGCGGAGGUGCAGUGGCAGCGGGAGGAGCGGACAGCGAGUGGCGAGAGCCCCAUGCCGCAGACUCUCUUCUUCCUGCACGUGGCUCGCGCAGGAGGGAGGACGUAUCACCAGUGCUUCCUGAGCACGCUCAUGCCCAGCACCGUGCAGUGCAACAUGUCAUACCACGUUCUUCGAGACGACCCCACUAUGGGGUGUCGACUGCUAGCGACACACGACGACUACGGAAUGACCUCGCAGCUCCCGCCCGGCGCCGCCACGGGCGUCACGACACUCUUCCGUGAACCCCUCGAUCGAGUGCUGUCCAUGUACGAGUUCUCGGUGCACAUCUCGGGACGCAGCAUGGGGCUGGACCUCAAGCAGCUGCCGGAUGAGACGCUGUACGCCGCCCGGCGCAAGAUGCGCGAGCAUUAUAGGAAUCUGGUGCCGACGGACACGAGGAACGUGUGGCCGUGGACGUCCCUGUCUGUGACCAUGGAGGAGGAUCUAUGGGACCGGCGUGACUUUACCGGCAUUCCCCCUCCACCCCUGGGUUUCGACGAGGGCAGUGACGACAUGUACUCGCGUGCGCACCUCGUGAUGCCUCUGAGGGAUUUCAUCGAGCUGCCCUUGGCGUAUGAUGUGGUGCACAACGGAGCAACUUUCCAGCUAGCGGGCAUCACGAACAACAGCGUGCUGCCAGAGGCGAAGCGGCUGAGGCAGUGUGUGCUGCAGCACCCGGACCUGGGAGGGGAGAUGCUGAAGCUCGCCAAGGCACGUGUGGAUGCAUUGAUCCACCUGGGAUUCACCGAUCGCAUGGAGGAGUCCAUCGAGCUGCUGCUGGCUGUGAUCGACCGCUCCUUCUCCUCCCAGGCCUUCACCCUCCCAGGCAAGAACCCCAGGGGGCGGUGCAAGAGGCCCAAGAAGAAGACCAAGGAGAACGAGAGGCCGUGGAAGAGCAUUCGAGAGCAGUACGCGGAGUGUCUCAAGGAUCAGAUGGAGCUUACACAGCUGAACGAGCUCAUUGCCUUCCGCCACAUGGGGCCGCUCAAGUUCUCCCGAGAGGACAAGUACCGACCCAUGAUGGAAGCAGUGGGGAACCCAUCCUCCGACCGCUGCUAA